AUGGCCCGAUCCUCGACCUUCCCGUUUCCUAUUGGCGAUAUUUCCAACCACCGUGUGAAACUCGUCCCUUUUGAUCCCGACCAUCACGGCGGGACAUUCUUCCGCCUAUCCUCGUCCCAUCCUGAGCUAUAUACGCAUAUGCCCAUGGGACCUUGGAGCUCAGAAGACGAAUUCAAAGCUGAAUUUUAUGAGAGUCCGGAAACUCAUCUUCUGUCAUUUUCGAAUCCGGCAUCCUUUGCAUUUGCUAUCAUCGACAAAUCUCGCUCGGCAUCGGCAGAAGAUCCUGAAGGAGAACUCGCUGGCACUCUCAGUUUUGUACGGACGUCGGAGACUCAUCUAUGCACUGAAAUCGGCUUCAUCAUCAUUUUGCCCCCGUACCAGCACACGCAUGUGGCAAGGAAUGCUGUCGGACUUGCUCUGCGGUAUAUCCUAGAGUCGCCGGAGAAAGGCGGUCUGGGGUUGCGUCGGGUCCAUUGGCGGACUAGCACGAAAAAUAUCGCGAGCGCUAAGCUGGCAGAGAAGAUGGGAUUUGAAAAAAUCGGAAUCGUUCCUUGGCAUAUGCGAUUCGUGAAGGGGAAGCUCCAUGCGAAAACUGGGAAUGGUAGAAGUUUACCUCCUGGAAGCGAUCCUCAAGAUGUAUGGCGAGAUUCCAUUGACUAUAGUCUUUCGUGGGAUUGGUGGGAAAGGUUUGCGAGGGAAGAAACGCAGAAACAGAUCGCACUAUGA